GAUAAUUGCGCACGCAAGUGUUAGCGAUAAAAAAAAUUCAAUGCAUUUGCUAAAUGGCGUAAAUGACUUCCGUCGGAUGGAACUACAAUGAAUUUUGACGAUAUCCUAUAUCUUUGAUUCUCUCUUUAGUCUUUUUAUUCGAAGGAGAAAACUAAAUGGGUAUAUAACGAGUUGUGUAUCGAAAAUUCUGGAUUUAUUAUUUAUAUGAACUCUUGUGAUUUUCUUGCCGUUACAUCAAUAAUUUGAUUAAUACGACUUACAAUCAAGUUGUCUGUUUGAUCCCAUCGAAAUAAUAUUGUUUUAAGUAGAACGCAGAAAUGGCUCAUACGAUAUUACUCGUACAGCCAGGCAACAGGCCAGAAACAAGAACGUUUUCAGACUAUGAAAGUGUCAACGAGUGUAUGGAAGGUGUAUGUAAAAUUUACGAGGAACAUUUGAAAAAAAGAAAUCCAAAUACACCGACGAUCAGGUACGAUAUUAGCCAAUUAUUUGACUUUGUCGACCAAUUGACAGACAUAUCAUGUUUGGUAUAUCAAAAAUGUACGAACACUUAUGCACCGUACAAUAAGGAAUGGAUCAAGGAAAAAAUAUAUGUCCUGUUGCGUAGAGCUGCUGACCAUAGCGAGUAACGUUAUGGCUAUUAUAGAUGUAAACUCUCUUGUAUAAGAUAAAUUAAUUUUAAGUACCAUAUUGUAUACUAUCGUUUGUAACAAUAAAUAUACACGUAAGAGCAAAUAA